AUGUUUCUAGCUGCUUGGGAGGAAGACAUGUUAUUUGUUGAGAAUUGGUUCAAGAGGAUGGUACCUUUUUAUCGUCGAUUUGUGGACGAUGUGUUUCUCAUUUGGGAUGGGCCCACCGAUGAACUAACUGAGUGUAUAGUAAACUUUGUGGAUGUUUCUGUAUAUUUGACUGCCUUCCUUUGUUUUCAAUGUCUUUCAGGUCCUCCCUUCUGGGGUCUGGUGAACUCUGCCUGGAACCUUUGCACAGUCGGCAAACGACAGUCCCCAGUCAACAUCAACACCAGCCAUGUGGUCUUUGAUCCUUUCCUACCCCCUCUCAAAUUAAGCAUGGAAGGAAAUAAGAUCAGUGGAACAAUGUAUAACACAGGUCGCCAUGUUUCUUUCCGGCCCAGCAGAGAGCAGAUGGUGAAUAUUUCUGGAGGACCCCUGUUAUAUAACCAUCGCCUGGAAGAGGUCUUGCUGCAUUUUGGCAGUGAGGAUGGCCAUGGCUCUGAGCACCAGUUUAACAAGCAGACAUUUCCUGCUGAGGUACAGCUGGUCCAUUACAAUGAGGAACUGUACAGCAAUGUUACUGACGCAUCUCGGAGUCCCAACGGGCUGGCAGUCAUCACGCUUUUUGUAAAGGUCACCAACUCUUCCAAUCCCUUCUUGAAAAGAAUGUUAAGCAGAGAGACCCUCACCCGGAUUUCCUUCAGAAAUGAUGCACAUGUGGUAAAAGAUCUUAAUAUUGCCGAACUGUACCCUGAGACAUUUAGCUUUGUUACAUACCAAGGUUCGAUGACCACACCUCCCUGCUAUGAAACUGUGACAUGGAUAAUCAUUGAUAAACCACUGAGUAUCACAUCUGUACAGAUACAUAGCCUACGACUGCUGAGUCAGAACCAGCAAUCUCAAAUCUUUCAAAGUAUGAGCGACAACUUCCGGCCUGUGCAGCCUCUGAUGAAUCGUAGCAUACGAGCAAAUCUAGAUUUUCGCAGGCCUGGCAGAAAAUGCAGAGGGUCCAAUUAUAAACUUCAUGUUGAAACUACGAUGACCUAGGACAGACCCAACAGUCAAGAUAAGCCAUUAUAAUGGAUUUCAGUGGAUCAAGACCUCAUUCACUGAUUCUCCUUUUGUCCACAAAGAAUCUGUAUACAAGAAAAAAAGCACACGGAAGAAUUCAGUGCAUUCCAGUUUUCAGACUUUGCUUCCAACUUUGAUGGAGAAACUUUAGCUUUUGAAUGAAGUAAACAACCUUCUCCCAAUAGCAAUGCAACAGAAGUGAAGUAUCCAUAACAAAGACACCUGCCAUUUUGAACAGCAUGUUCUAACUUUAUCUUUUGCUACUUUUCUUUCCUAUAAAAAUACAAAAAGGACUAAAGCCAGAGAAAGAGACCUAGUAAUGUAUUGUUUUAAUGUAAAGCUUACAGCACACCUCUAUCUUUAAUAAAUUUCCCUCUGACAGCA